AUGGAAAACGAUGCUGUGAGAGGACAAGCGUGGGGAGAAAGGGACUGCAAGUACGCGCCAAAGCUAGAGAGCUGGAAGCAGUUCGCCAAGAUCGACAUGGUGUAUCAUGUUUGCGGCUUUCUGCAGAUUUCUCGUUUGGCAGAAGCUACAAGCGAAGCGAGCAAGACUCAGUGCGACGAGACACACCCGACUUGCAAUAACUGCAAGAAGUCAAAGCGCGAGUGUUUGGGUUACGACCCUAUCUUUCGGCAGCAAGCGGGCGGUCAGCCUUCUAACAUCCAACCGGCGCCUAGCCAGAGGACUCCUCCUACAAUCCCAAGCUCCGUGCCUUCGAGUGUUCCUUCUUCUAUAGCGCCCAACCCUGUCCUCACCGCUCGACCUACAAACUCAUACGGAAGCCAGCCGUCGAUGCUUCCCAGCUCGUACGCUACAGCUCACGCAACAACUGCAAGCCCCAACCCAUCUCUCAACUCGCUUAGCUACGAUUCCAGCUUUUCCAACGUAGCCUCUCCUCCCGUCAAGUCUGAGCCAACAUACGAGUACUCGGCCGCCGCAAUCGACCCAGCCCUUCACAAUCCCGAAAGCUCCAGAGCGGUUGAGCAAAGGCCUCUUGCUGACAACCAAAACUUAAGAGGUGGCGCCCCUUAUUAUUGA